GCGUGCUAGAAGGCAAGGUAAGUACCGGGGAGGCGAGGGAAUGAAUGAAUCUUGACGUACAAGUUGGAAAUGUACACCCUAAGUGAAAAAAUCUGAAACAUAAAAAAAAUAGAAAAGGCACGUUGGAAAUGUACACCCUAAGGAGGGUGGAGGGUAAUACGAGGGUGGAGGGGAAGAGCAGUCGCGUAUCAUGGUGAAGAGGCACGCAGCGGGGAGUCGGGGCACGGAUGUGGACGGGAUCGGGAGACUGUACGGAAGGGUGUUGCAAAGAAUGCGCUGCGCUUUCCAGAGAAGAGCAGUUGAAGAAGGAUGCGUUUGCUCUGUUGUGAAUACCAGCCCUAUUCUCCUCCGCGGGUGCAACGGUGGCCUCAGUGACUGCCACGUGUCAUCUUCAGAUUCGCCGCCACCGCUGUCCAGUGGAAGGGGGCUGAUGGGUUCCCUGGGCAGGAGGCCUUGUAUUCCUGUGGCUACUCUCCGGCUUAUCGCUGUUGCACUGGCUGUCUCGAUCACAGCCUGGACGUUUUUGCUCUCCACUGGUGGGCGCUAUUGCAGAGAUGACCUCCGAAAGAAGGUCAACGAAAUUUAUGCCCUGGGGUGGGAGGAUAUGACGAAGGGGUGGGAGGAAGACGACAGGGGGGUGCCUUUUGUGGGCCCGGUACAUUCGCAAUCGGAUACCGGCAGUGGGGGGAUACGACCGGUGAGACCUUUCGGAGGAGUCAUAGGGCGGCAGAUCAAGCUCGAUGGAGAACGGGGUACGGAGAGUGGUUUGCAUGCACAAGAUAUUAAGGAGAAGGACAAAGAUAGGGAUGAUUGGGAGGAUAAGGACAAAUGGUAUGAGCAGCUAGCUGAACCCACAGGCGCGGCUGAGCCAUCGUUAGCACAUCAGUUAGGAGGACUGCCUGCGAGGCGGACGUCGAAGUCGAGCAAUCAACUAGGAGCUACUCUACAAGAAGAAGAAGGAGGGGGAGUACAAGGGGGAGGCGUGAGAAGUGGCAAUUCUUCCUCUUCCUCCUCCUCCUCCUCCUCUUCUUCUUCUUCCUCGUCGUUGAUUUCUGGUCCAAGAGGAUCUUCUCCGACGACAGAGGAGGAUGUGUCGGUGAUGCAAACAUCCAGGCUGCAUCCUCCAACCUACAUUUCUAACAUUGUUUUUGGUAUUGCCGCUGCCGCCUCUCUGUGGGAGGAGAGAAAGGAGUAUGUGAAGUUGUGGUGGAAGCCUCAGUACCGCGGUUACGUCUGGUUCGAUGAACCGGUUAUCCGCGGCCCGUCGGAAAGGCACUUGUAUCCGCAAUUCCGCAUCUCGGAGGAUAUCACCAAUUUUCUGUUCACGAAUACCCAUGGUGUCCCUGCCGGGAUCAGACUGACGCGGAUUGUGUCAGAAACGUUUCGCAUGGGUUUGCCGGAUGUGCAUUGGUUUGUGAUGGGAGAUGACGACACGGUGUUUUCGGCGGAGAACCUGGCGGCGGUUUUGUCCAAGUACGAUCACAGAGAGAUGUAUUACAUAGGCAGCCACUCAGAGAGUCACACGCAGGACGUCCACUUCUCCUAUAGCAUGGCGUUUGGGGGAGGAGGGGUGGCAGUCAGCUACCCACUUGCCGAGGCGCUGCUGAAGUCUCAAGAUGACUGUAUUGGAAGAUAUCCUGAGCUGUACGGGAGCGACGACAGGUUGCAGGCGUGCGUUGCAGAGCUAGGCGUACCGCUGACGAGGGAGGCCGGCUUCCAUCAGAUGGAUAUAUAUGGAAACCCGUUCGGGGUACUGUCAACGCACCCGGUCGCGCCCUUCAUCUCGAUGCACCAUGUUGGUGUCAUUGACCCGUUGAUCCCCGGAGCAAGCCGAUUGGAUGGGCUUAAGCGAGCAACACUGGGGUUGCACGUGAAUCCGGGAAGUUUUUUGCAGCAAACGAUCUACAUCAACAAGACGAAGAAAUUCUCGUUGUCUGUGGCUUUUGGGUAUUCCGUCCAAUUUUUCCCAAGCGCAAUGAGGGUUCGCGAACUGGAGCGCCCCGAACUCACCUUUGAGUCCUGGCACCACAGUCGUGUACGGUACGAGUUCCCUUUCAACGUGCGGGUACCGGAUAAAUCAGUUUGCAAGCACCCAUCGAUCUUCUUCGUGACAUCAGUGACUACCAACGAAGCAGGCCAAGUGGUUAGCGUCUACUCGCGGGAUGCCACCAACGAUCGCAAGAAGAUCAAGGCGUGGUGUCGAUCGUCCAUCUUUCCAAAGGAAGACGUCAAGGAGGUGACGGUCAUCAAGGAGCCGGUCGAUUGGCGGUGGUUCAAGGACGAUGGAGGAGGAGGAGGAGGAGGAGGAGGAGGAGGAGGAGAGAAGGAGAAGACGAAAGUAGGUGGAGGAGAGAAGAAGAAGAAGAGAGGAGGAGGAGGAGGAGGAGGAGGNAAGAGAGGAGGAGGAGGAGGAGGAGGAGGAGGAGGAGGAGGAGGAGAGAAUGAGAAGACGAAAGUAGGUGGAGGAGAGAAGAAGAAGAAGAGAGGGGGAGGAGGAGGAGGAGGAGGAGGAGGAGGAGGAGAGAAGAGAAGAAGAACUGCAAUUGUGGAUGAAGGAAGAAGCUGGAAAAUAGGGGAUGGAGUUGGGAAGCGUGUAGAUUUUCGCAGGAUGUGAUUGAUUUGUUUGUAUUUUUCUGGUGGUUCAACAACCCCGUGAGGUAUUGUGGCCAGAUGCGUCAGCGCUCUGCUCUGCUUUCAAAUUGGUGGGCCCCGGCUGAUAGAUCAUUUGACAAUGGCAAAGGGCACAGAAGUGCAUCUGCCCUCUCCGUCGGUGGGCUGCAACUGGCGUCGGUCGACAAGGGAAAGGAGCGCGCGCAAACAUCUGAGGCCAUUGCAUAACGACCAGGUUCAUCUGCACUUUCCCUUAACGUAGGGAAAAGUCCAGAUGAAGGCCAACUAGCAUUGACGAAUCAUAUUUCAUUUCAAAAUGGCUGGCUCAAAUGCCAGGAAGGAGUGGGUAGCAUUGAUAAUUCGCAUGGAUGAAUGAAUGAAUGCCCAUUUGCAUG